UUCCUUCCGUGCAGACUGGCAGUUGAACAGCUGGGUCUGCUCAGGUCACCACGGCCAGGGAACACACACGGCCACCAGGGACUCCAUUGGAGAGACCCCCGAAUUCGUUAACACGCGUCCCUGUGUGUAUGAGAGAGAGAGAGAGUUAAGACAGUGUGCCAGAAGAGAGGGAGACUGUUUAAAGAAGAGGUGCCUUGGCCUGACAAAGCGUGGAAGUGGGAGGUGGGAGCGCGUAGUUUCCUGUUGUUGGCGGAGAAUGCUCGGCACGAGCCGGAGGGAGCGCGCGCCUCGACCAGACGCUCGGCAGCGCACGAGAGAAGGGAGGGGAAGGAGAGAACGAAAUUAGAGAGAGAGAGAGAGAGAGAGCCGAAGAAAGGACACUCAUUAGCACGUAUCCACGGCGGGACCAUGGUUUCAGCCGCUCUUCUGGUGACCGUGGUGGGCUUGACGAGUGUGUCCUGGGCUCGCGUCUCCGAUGUUCAGAGCGACUCGGACGGUCCGCGAGCGAGAGGGGACACUCCCGACGUAGCGGAGCCCGACCCGACCGCCGCCUCCUCCGAGCUCGAGGACAGCUACAGCUACGUGUUGUCCAGACUGGCAGCGAUGGACCAGGCCAUCCACAAGCUGAACGUGGGCCACUACACGCUGGACGUGAAGCUCCACCAGCUCCAGGAGCGCCUGGGCCUACUGGAGAACCGAAUGGCCGAGGCGGAGGACUCCGUCCAGCAGGUGGCGACGCACUGCAGCGACAACCGCAAGGAGAUCGGCCGCCUGGAAGGCUGCGUGAAGGGCCGCAGGAUCGGCCACAAGUGCUUCCUGGUGUACCUAGCCUAUGAGACUUACGCGGGCGCCUCACGGAGGUGCCAGGAACGCGGCGGCCGCCCGGCGAUGCCCCGCGACCGCCGCGAGCAGGAGGCCCUGGCAGAGUACGUGAAAGCCGCCGUCCAGCCGGGCAACUGGCCCGUGUGGCUGGGCAUCAACGACCUGCGCGCGGAGGGCCUCUACCUGUUCGAGGACACCACGCGCGUCACCUACUUCCAGUGGCGCAAGCACUUCCUGUCCAGCCAGCCGGACGGCGGCAAGAGGGAGAACUGCGUUGCCAUGACGUCCGACGACGGCGACUGGUGGGACAACUACUGUGACCGGCGCAUGUUUUACCUGUGCGAGUUCGAGGCUUGACCUUGACCUCUGACCUUUUUGGAUGGGUGCAGGAUCAUAGCGUCAUUGUUUUUGUUUGUGUGUUUGUUUGUUUGUUUGUAAACACGUGAGCAACCACUGUGUUGUUUACUUGAUGUUACUGCACACGUAACUAACAGC